UGCGAGUGCAUCAGUUCAGAAGCUUAGAGAGAAAAUGGCUGUAAUCGAGUCACUUCUGCAGUUUCUCAGCACAGGAACAUUACUGGGCGCUUUGCUGUUGCUUCUGGUUCUGUAUUUGCUUUCCUCUGGAUCCAGAUCUCAGAAAGAGGGGAAAGAGCCACCGGGACCCAAACCUCUGCCGCUGCUGGGGAACCUGCUGACCCUUGACCUCGAGAGACCCUUUGACACCUUUUUUGAGCUGUCCAAAACCUACGGAAACAUAUUCCAAGUGUGUUUGGGUCCCAGAAAAUUUGUUGUUUUAGUUGGGUACAAAACUGUCAAAGAUGCUCUCGUGAACCAUGCAGAAGAGUUCGGCGACAGAAAAACUGAACUUGGUUUCAGGAUAAUGCAUGGCGAACAUGGAAUCCUCUUUUCCAAUGGAGAAAACUGGAGAGAGAUGCGACGCUUCGCUCUCAGCAACCUGCGGGACUUCGGGAUGGGCAAGAGAGGAAGUGAAGAGAAAAUCAUAGAGGAAAUUCACUAUCUGAAAGGAGAGUUUGAUAAGUUUGAAGGUACAAGCUGAAA